AUGGCAUAUGAAACAAAACCACUUGGCCCAGACUCAUGGCUACUAGACAGCGCCGCAAGCGUACACAUUUCUGAUAAUAAAUCUCUUUUUUCAUCCUAUGAAUCGCUAAAGAACCACAAAAUUAUAGGUAUUGGAUCGAGAUCAGCAGAGGGCCAGGGCACUGUACAGUUGGUAUUCGAAGUAAGGGGGAGGACUACGAAUGUCACACUGGAACGAGUACUGUAUCUCCCUUCAUCCCCCUAUAACAUCAUCUCUCUAGGAAAGCUCCAUCGAGCUGGGCACCGGGUUGACUUCCCCCUAGGAGGACCCAAAGUUGCCGUCUACUCAGAGCAAGGAGUCAAGAUUAUGCAGGGCAGGAACAUCGACAAUAUUUACGCUCUGGAGAAUGUCACCCCAAAAAUAUCACCCCCUACCAACGACCAUGUUCUCACGGUGAUAGGCUGGCUACCAGACAUGCUCUGCACCAGCUCUGUAAGGGCGUAUUUUUGCGCUUUUUACAGAGUUUACUCUUGA